GUUGGCAUUGGGUCAUGUUCAUGUCAUUUUGUCUAUGACACAAAUGUUGUAGGCACGUAAGGAAAGGGAUAAACAAUGAAGAGUUGACGCCGUAGCUAUUGUCCAUCUCCUUUAGCAAGCACCGAUCUAAAGGGACUUUGCCUCGAUGCAAAGGGCCAUUUCUCCCAUAGACAUUUGAGUUUGAAAACAUCAUUUGUUCUGGGCCCUUUCCUCCUACAGGACGCUAUCGAUUGUUUCAUAAAAGGCGAUAAGGGUAGUGGUUACAGUAUCUUCCUAAUCUUGAGGAUCUGCGUUUUGCUUGUGUCCUGUUUUGAAAGUUAAAGAACCUUGUCGACGAUGUCAACCUGAACGGUGGUGAACGAAUGUAAAGGUUGCGCGCUCAAUGCGACGAGAACGAACACAAAAUCUUCCUUAUCCAGAGCUCACCAGGACAGAGUGUAGAAACCUUCCAAGGAGUAGAGCCUUGACUGGCGGAGGAUCAGAAAUAUUAACUCUAGAUGAGCUGGAGAGUUCCGGCGGUCUUUGCGUGAUGCGUACUCGAAGCUAUCCUUUAGGUCCCCACUAACCCUGGAUUCACUGGUCGAGGAAACACCCGAAUUGCCUACUGUUUAGCCUGCUAAUUACAAUAGGAUAAAAUCAGUAAUGAGGAACGACAAUAUGAUUCGAAGAUAGAUGAAGAUCGAGAGCAAUCGAGAGCAGGUAAAGUGGAAAUAAUAGGAUGAUGAGAAGUCAACUGAAGGGAGAAGUACGUAAAUCUAUGCAUACAGAUACAGAAC